CGGGAAGUUACGAUCAUCAUUUACGGCCGCUGACACUUCAACAUUUUAGAUCUGGAAACACCGCUUAAAACGAAUUUAAACUCCUGUAUGUGUGUGAUUUUACAUGUGCUUCCACUGGAGUUAAUAUUUACAGAUUAGGCCACUGAGAGGCGAGGGACAGGAGAAGAAGAGGAGGAGGAGAAAGAGGAGUUAGUUGAGGAGGAGGAGGGAUUUCCCUGCUCCAAAAACUUUUUCCUCCAAUGUCAGGAUCGAGGGGGAGGGGGGAGGAACAUUCCUCUCAUACUGCAGAGCAGGGGGAGCUUCCUGCAACUUCUCCAGCGACGCUUCCCUUCUUUUCUCCUCCACUUAAACAUGAAAUGUACGGCAAACGGCGACGCCAACUUUGCGGCCGAGGACGAGCUCCUUUUCCCGGGGAAAGGACUUAAAUCCACCGCUGAAUCCUCGACAGAUCGUUGGCGGCGGUUCGGUCUGGAAUAGAAGGAGAAACUUGGCGGAUUGGCUUCAGUUUGUCUGAAAGGAGGGAGAAAGAAAAAAAAAUCAGAGAAAGGAUGUUUGGUCGAGUUGGAGGAGCGAGAAAGUGAGGGAGAAGAUGUUUCGCAAAAAAGCUUCUUCUUCACUGAGAGCGAGAAGAAUUACAGAAAGUGCUAGAUGGAGUGUCGACCGUGGGCGGAGCUUGUCUUUCCAUGUGGUGCCUGACCGGCGCGAGGCAGAGAUGAGGGCCGCGGCCGAGGAGUCAUCCAACAGCAACAACAGCGUGGGCGCUGGAGGAGGAGGCGGCGGGAGCACCGUACUGCAGCGCCUCCUGCAGGAGCAGAUGAACCGCAACUAUGUACUGCAGCAGCAGCAGCAGCAGCAACAACAAGGUGGAGGAGGAGCAGGACCUGGAGGUGGAGGAGGAGUGGUUUACGGAGGGCAGGGUCAGGUUGGUCCGUCUGACGACCACUCCAUGAGCCCCCACAUCGCCCGUCAGGAGCCCCAGGGACAAGAGCUGCAGACGGACAGCGGCCUGGAGAAGCUGGGCUCCUCCAGAGUGGGAGGGGGAGGAGGGGGCGGUAGUAUUGGAGGUGGAGGUGGUAGUAGCGGUGGAGGCGGUGGAAACCAAGGGCAGUGCCUUAACCCCGAGGACCUCCCCACGUACGAGGAGGCCAAGGUGCAGUCCCAGUACUUCCGAGGCCACGGACCUCCUCCUCCUCAGCCUCAGCAGCAGAACAACCAGCCUCAGCAGCCCCCUCUACCUGCCUCCGUGGGGGCAGCUUUCUAUGUCACUGGGAUGACCAACAACAAGGUGCGCACCGAGGGCCGUCCGACCGUCCAACGCGUGAGCGGAGCGGGGAAGGUUCACCAGGACGACGGGCUGAAGGACCUGAAGCAGGGACACGUGCGCUCCCUCAGUGAGCGGCUGAUGCAGCUCUCUCUGGCCACCAGUGGGGUCAAGGCCCACGCACCCGUGACUAGUGCCCCGCUCUCCCCUCAGCUGCCCCCUCCUGGUCCUCCAGGGGACUUCUACAAGCCUCAGCAUCGAGGCCCACCCCCAGAUUACCCCUUUAAAGGAAUGGGCUCACCCACGAAGCAGCAGGAACCAGGGGGACACUUUUACCAGGAGCACAGAGGGGGGAGGGAACACUCCAGGGAGGUGCUGCCUGUCAGGUACCAGCCCCCGCCCGAGUACGGAUCGUUCAGGUCCACCAAAGAAGGUUCCGUCCACUCCCAGCGGCCCCUGCACCAGCACAGUCCCACCUCCUCCGUCACCUCGGUGGGCUCUCUGUCCCGCGCCCAGUCCUCCACCCUCAGCAGCAUGCUCAGCACCUCCUCCCACCACUCCUUCCACCACCAGCACCCACAGAACACGGGGGAGUUUUUCCACAGCCUGGGGCCCAGGAGUCCACACAGCCCUGGGUCACACCACGCCAGCGAGCCCUUCAACCUGGGGCCCCUGCACCCCCCCAUACAGAGGGCCCAUGGGUACCCACAUGAUCAUUAUGGCUCCACCCCGAGGAUGCACCAUCAGCAGCAGCAUCAGCAGCAUCAGCAACAGCAGCAGCAGCAGCAACAUCAUCAGUACCAGCAACAACAACAACAGCAACAACAGCAACAACAACAACAGCUACAACAGCUUCAGGGACCUGUGGCCCCCCAGCUCCAGAUGCCUGUUCAAGCUGGACAUUUCCCCCACCCGCACUCCUUCUCCCACCUGCAGGGGGAGCCCUUUGCCAUGAUGGCUCGUGCCCACCAGAUGGUGGACAUGCUGACGGAGGAGAACAGGAUGAUGAGGCAGGAGAUGGAGACGUACCGCGAAAAGGUCACCAAACUGCACAAGUUGGAGACAGAGAUCCAGCUGGUGUCGGAGGUCUACGAGAACCUGGCCAAGUCCUCCUCCAAGAGGGAGUCUCUGGAGAAAACCAUGAGGAACAAACUGGAGCUGGAGGUCCGCCGACUGCACGAUUUCAACAGAGACCUCCGAGAGCGCAUGGAGACGGCCAACAAACAGCUGGCGGCUAAAGAGUGUGAAGGAUCUGAGGACAACCGCAAAACCAUCUCACAGCUGCUUAUACAGCACAAGGAGACGCUGCGUGAGAAGGAGAAGCUGGAGAUGGAGCUGAACUCUCUGCGCUCCACCACAGAGGACCAGAGGAGACACAUCGAGAUCAGGGACCAGGCUCUGAACAACGCCCAGGCCAAGGUGGUCAAGUUGGAAGAAGAGCUGAAGAAGAAGCAGGUGUAUGUGGAGAAGGUGGAGCGGAUGCAGCAGGCUCUGGCUCAGCUGCAGGCCGCCUGUGAGAAGAGGGAGCAGCUGGAGCACCGACUGAGGACCAGACUGGAGAGAGAACUGGAGUCACUGCGGAUGCAGCAGCGUCAGGGCAACUCCCAGGGUAACGGCGGAGUACCGUCGGAGUACAACGCCACAGUACUGAUGGAGCACCUGAGGGAGAAGGAGGAGCGAAUCCUGGCUCUGGAGGCCGACAUGACCAAGUGGGAGCAGAAGUACCUGGAGGAGAGCGUGAUGAGGCAGUUCGCUCUGGACGCAGCCGCUUCAGUCGCCACCCAGAGGGACACAUCUGCAGCAGUGAUCAGCCACUCUCCCAGCAGCAGCUACGACACGUCAGUGGAGGCUCGGAUCCAGAAGGAGGAGGAGGAGAUCCUCAUGGCCAAUCGACGCUGCCUGGACAUGGAGAGCAGGAUAAAGAAUCUUCACGCCCAGAUCAUAGAGAAAGACGCCAUGAUCAAGGUUCUCCACCAGCGCUCCAGGAAGGAGCCCAUCAAGUCGGACCUGCCGUCCACCAUGAGACCCUCCAAGUCCCUGAUGUCCAUCUCUAACACCGGAGGCUCGGGACUUCUGUCCCACAGUCUGGGACUCAGCAGCUCACCAAUCACUGAAGAGCGCAGGGACAGCAGCUGGAAAGGAAGUCUGGGGGUCCUGCUGGGUCCAGAGUUCCGUGCAGACUCUCUCAGGACGGAGUCCAUCUCCUCCUCUCCCUCCCCCGUCCUCCCCUCCACCCCCAUGACCGCAGGUCACUCGAAGACGGGCAGCAGGGACAGCUGCACCCAGACGGACAAGGGUCAGAACCAGGAGGGCAGCAAACCCAGCACUCCUGCCCUGCAGAGCAUGACCCUCCCUGCCCGUCUGUCCAGCCCCAGCCCCGUCUACAUCCCUGACCGCAUCGCAGACGUGGGGAUGUUCCACAGCAGCACCCUGGAGCGGAGACUUCCUGUCCAGACCCACCUCCAGCAGCAGCCCGCUCCACCAGCACCGUCCACCCAACAGGAAGUGGACAACGACAUGGUGGAGAUCCUGAUCUGACCAGGAGUUCUGGAAGGAGAACCUACCAACGAAGAUGGCGUCCAUCAGAACCAAGACAAACCUGUAGUCCUGUCUGUCCCCGUGUCCUCAUGUCUCUGUGUCCACGUGUGUGUGUGUGUGUGUGUGUGUGUGUGGUCAACGACCAGCAGAACCUGACCCCAGGUCAGACUGGUCCUGGACUUACAGCCUGUUCUCCAGACCAUCAGCUGAAGGAGUUUGAAUGAAUUCAGAAGUUACAGAACCAUACUUCAUCAGUACUACGUUCACAGAGUAUUACUCACAGAGUACUACACAGUCACAGUACUACUACAGCUGUUAUAGUCCACUCUUCGGAACAUUUGUGCUGCACUACCGCCACCUACUGGGCUGGUUCUGUGUU